UAUAACAAACCUACAAAUAAAAUUCUUCGUUUUUGUAAUAGUCUACAAUGGCGAAUGCGCUCAUCGCUAAAAAUUGACACAGCCAGCAAUAUUGGGAUUUUACUAGUUCUUCCUGUUUGAACUGGUUGUAUCACGUUCUCAGGUUAUAUAUGCAGGUGUGAGUUAAUUCAAGAUGUUCGGUGGGGCGAAUAAGUCCGGGUUUGGGACAACGGGGAACACUUUUGGUUCAGGAUUAUUCAACUCAACAAGCAAACCAACAAGCGGGUUUGGAACUGGUGGAUUUGGAGGUCAAAGUUCAGGUUCUGGCCUUUUUGGCAACACCAGUGCUACUCAAUCAUCGGCUGGUACUUUGUUUGGAACAGGUGGUACUAGCAGUUCAUUUGGUACAGGUGCAAGUAAUACAGGUUUCAGCUUUGGAAGUGGUUCAAAUAGUUCUACAGGUAGUAGUAUGUUUGGGAGCACAAACACGGCCGGUUCUACUGGUUUGUUCAACACACCUACUUCAAGUUCGUCGUUCGGUACUGGCGGUUCCUUGUUCGGUGGUCAAAAAUCUGCUUUCGGAGGGGCGUCCGCCGCCGGCGGCAUAUUUGGCCAGCCGGCUGCGACGGCUAGCCCGUUCGGCCAGGGAGGAAGCACGGCGGGUGGGGUUCUGUUCGGAGGAGGUUCUUCUAGCGGGUUUUUUGGCUCUGCAGCUCCCAUCAGCGGAACAACCAAACCUUUUCAGGCUACUAUUAGCACAGAUACUGCAGUGAAAAAUGGAGUAACGCAAAACCAGCAAACAAAACACCAAGUUAUAACAGCCAUGAAGGAGUAUGAAAAUAAAUCAUUUGAGGAAUUAAGAGUUGAAGAUUAUGCUGCUAACAGGAAAGGCCCAUCUUCCGGAGGUCUUGGUACCACAACAACAGACAAAGGCCUCUUUGGCCAGCCUGCAACAUCAUCCUCCGGCUUCGGAGGCUUUGGCACUACACCAAAACCUGGAGGAUUUGGGACUUCCUUUGGAACUGGUCAAAACUUGGGUACUUUUGGUCAGACCCAGACGUCUCAGCAGCAACAGGGAAGUACCCUCUUUGGUCAGAAUAAGCAGUUUUUUGGCGGAACGGGCACUGGGGCAACCACAGCAUUCGGUGGUGGUGGCGGUGCAGCGAAUACCUUCGGGCAACCAACACCAGCAAAGAGUUUGUUUAGUCAGCAGCCACCUUCCAACCCUGGUCUAUUUGGAAGUAACACCUCAGGUUUUGGAACAGGAUCAUUCGGCUCGCAAAACACAGGAUUUGGACAACCGCAAUCGACGGGACUCUUCGGUGCGAAUAAAUCUGGUGGAUUUAACACGGCCACAACGUCUGCCAACACUCCAUUUGGUUUUGGAACCAAUAAUCCUGGUUCAAGUUUGUUUGGCGCUCCUAAGCCUACCGGUUUAAAUCUUGGUAAUACAAACAUUGGCACCGGUUUUAAUACCAAUACCUCAACCGGUGGAGGACUCUUUGGUGGAAAGUCUAAUACAAGUUUUGGUGGUGGUUUUGGUACUGGCAAUACAGGUAGUUCACUGUUUAGUGGUUUAAAUAAACCGACCGGUCUUGGUACAACGUUUAACAGUGGUUCAACUGGCUUUAAUGCUGGAGGCCUAGGCACAGGAGGUGGGCUCAACCUUGGUGGGGGAGGUUUACAGACUGGAAGGGUGAUUGUAGAAAGCACAGAACAGCAGUUAUUAUUAUUGAGUGGGAAUACAAAUCCGACGGCCCAACAACAAGCCCAGUUGUUGACUCUUAUCACGUCGCCAUACGGUGAUAACCCGUUGUUCAAGAACACGCUACAGACCACGGGACAACGUGAAGCGGUACUAAAACCAACUAGUGCGGCAGCCCAGAAAGCACUUAUAUCAUCACCAUAUAAGGUUUCCACCCGGCCUAGCCCCAAGAUCCGGCCGAAGGCCCUUCAAGCGCGAAGUAUAAGUAUGAAGUCACAGUUAUUUGAGGGCUUAGAAGAAGAAGAUGCAGUCAUUAGGUCAGAUUCAUUUAUGCCUAGACGAAGUGUCAAAAAGCUAGUCAUAAAAAAGAAGUCCCCUGGAGGGUCCUAUAGUGGGCUUAGCUUCAGGAAAGCAGAAGAUGAUUUGGUUUCACCGUUACCGCUGUUUCCAAAGGAUUCGACAUCUCCGGGUGGUGACACGUCAAUGAGUGAAUCAAGUCCAUCUCAGUUGCCAGGCAGGGCCUACAACUCACCUGUUGUCACUCCUGUUCAAGAAGUUAGUGUUGUCACUCCUGCUCAAGAGACAACACCCCAAGACACUGAGGACCCCAACUGCACUAUACACCAUCUUGGUGUACGAUCCUCAAGAAACAACAACAACCAAACAGCCGAUCAAAGCUCAUUGUCAGAUCUCGACCAGUCAUCGUUACUUGUCUCUCAGGAGGAUGAGAAUACCCCACCCCCCCAUCCAGCCGGUAUCGUUCUCAGACGCCCUGGAUAUUACUGUAUCCCUCCCCUAGAUCAGCUUGCUGAUAUUAUGGAAGAGACCGGGGCAUGUAUGGUGGAGGAUUUUACAAUUGGUAGAGAGGGCUAUGGUAGCGUCUUUUUCCCUGGUAAAACCAAUGUUCAAGGAUUGAAUAUAGAUGAAGUUGGGUCUUCAGAGGAAGAUCCUGAGAGACUUUCGACCAUUGGGUAUGAGGAUAAAUUGGAAAGAGCAACGAUGAAACUGGGAGCGAAGUUUAUGGAAUACAGACCAGAGACUGGUUCCUGGGUGUUUCAGGUUGAACAUUUCUCAAAGUAUGGGUUGUCAGAUAGUGAUGAGGAUGAGCAGGACCCUACAGUCAAGGAUCCAAAAAAGUUGAAGACAACUCAGAAACCACAAACCAAACAGUUUGCUAAAAAGAGCGUGCCACCAAAACCGCAGUUAAAACAGCAGCUUCAGACAAAGAAGCCAAGCCAAACCCCUUCCAUGAACGGCGAGCCGGCAGUGGAGGAGGAACAGAUGCGGAUUGAUCAUGACGACAGUGACGUGAAGUAUCCAGAGGAUAACACACCCUUUAGGGGCCUAGGAGGCGAUGGCCUUACAAAUGAACGUCUUUUCAGUGUGCCUCCUGCUGAACCAGAGAAGGUUGAGGAGGUCUUGGAACCUGUGACUACAUCAGACCUUGCCAACACCUUAGGCAUCAGUACUCACCGGAUGCAGGUGAUGAAGGCAUCCUUCUUUGCCAUGGAUGAUGAUGAUGACGACAGUUCAGGACGUCAAAUGGAUAACGGCAUUAAUGGCUAUGAUGCACCAAAAUCUGGUUUAUUUCUGCACUCUCCUUUACCUAAAGUGGAAGAGCCCAAUAAUGAUGACAAAGGCUUUGGCUAUCGAUCAAGGUUCGUUAAACCUGUGCAGCCCUCCAGUCCUGCUAAGUUCAUCAAUGGACAAAUGUCACCCUCUUAUGACACUAUUAAGGAGGAAAGAUACAAACGAGAUUCAUUUAUUCCAGGUCUGUUUGCGACUUCCAAGUACCCUGUUCAACCAUUGUUACCGCCCCUUCCACAAUCCUUACGAAUACCGAGCGGCUACCUACCUGACGAGAAAGGCCCUAGGCUUGUCGGAGCAAGACGGCAGCCCAUGCUAGUCCCGUUAAAAGACUCGGUUGUCAGUGGCAAGUCAAAUUACUGUUCAGAUGCAUCGCUCAUGAUGGGCCGGUCAUUUAGAGCAAAUUUCGGGCCAAAUUGGACACUGGUUCAUUCUGGCAAGCCAUUAGGUCAAAAGGUCAAAGUGCCUAAGGUGGAGCCAGUCGGAUUUGGUUAUCUAUCAGGCUUAUCAGAGCAGCAGCAAAUGACGUCAUCUCCGUUUAGUGUUUCCAUCGAAAGAGUUCAUGUUGGUGAACAUUUGAAACCAAAAGACAAUAAGAUAUUAGAUUUACAUGAACGUUCUCUGAUUGUCCAGCUCAAAAAUAGUGUCAGGUCAAACAACAGUUCCACCUGUCCAGCAUUUGCCCCCGAGCCUGGGGUCACAGCACUUCAUGAAUAUUCAAAGGUUUCUGCUGUAGAUUUGCAUAAAAAUCUAUCCAAAGAUGUUGGAGAGCUUGAGCAUACUAAAAGUAUUUGGGAUUUGUGUGUCGCCCUCUGGGGCCGCCUACCAGAUGUUGAUGAAAAUGAGGAAGACAUGACCCCUGAUGGAUAUGCAAGACAGAAAGCCAGAAGACGUGCUGUGACCCAGUGGUUUGUAUCAGCAGUGAGUAAGCAGGUCAGAAAAGAAGUACAAGACUAUAAAUAUCAGGAGAAUGGCAAUGUACGUGGUGUUUUGGCCUUACUCAGUGGUGGUCUGGUUGCAGAGGCUAGCAAACUGGCCCAAGAGGCUGGGGAACAUAGGCUAGCCAUGUUGACCUCUCAGGCAGAAGGUUGUGAAAGAACAAAGCAGUUAAUCACUGAGCAACUGAAGUACUGGAAUCAAGUGAAAGCUGACUGUUACAUCAGCAAGGAGCAUUUGUCUGUUUAUGCAAUGCUAGGCGGGCAGCUUGUGUGGCCCUCAUCCGUUGGUGUUAUCAACACAUGCGAAGAAAUGGAUUGGAAGAGAGCGUUAGCCAUUCAUUUGUGGUACUAUUGUGCUCCAACUGCAUCCAUUUCUGAAGCACUGGCAGAAUAUGAAAAGGGGGUCAAGGGAAAUACCGAUCUGGGUCACUACUGUAAUCCGCCGCGCCCAUCAUACAUCGAGGAUAAACAUUCGUAUGUGGUUGAUAACACUGAGGAUUGCGAAGACUUGGUGACGGAUACCUGCUAUCAUUUACUGAAGAUCUAUAGCAUCAAAUCGCAUCGUAUGGACAGUACGCUAGCGCCUACAUCUUACACAUGCUAUCCGAUGGACUACAGACUAAGUUGGCAUUUAUCGCAAGUCUUGGAAGCUCUACACUACUCACAUAUAUCGCAGCAGGAUAUGUGUACGUUGCACACGAGCUACGCCGCUCAACUUGAAGCGCUUGGACUGUGGCAUUGGGCUGUGUUCGUACUACUACACAUUCCAAGCGAUCGGAGGCGCGAGCUAUCUGUCAAGAAGUUGUUAUGUCGUCAGUGUACCUUAAAAAGAAGCGAAGAAACGAGCAGGAAAGAACGUUUCCUUCUGGAGGAGUUGCAGGUACCAGCAAGAUGGUUACAUGAAGCUAAGGCUCUGCGGGCGAAGUACGAAGGGCGCCACCAUGACCAUGCGUACCAUCUUCUGAAGGCUGGCUGCUGGAACGAGUGUCAUAAGAUAGUCAUGUGUCAACUCGCUGCCGAUGCGUUUAUCGAUGAAAACUUUACCUACUUAAAGGAGUUUCUGUGUGAACUUUCUCCUGACGAUAGGUCCAGUUCCAUUCAGGAUUGGAGCACUAACGGACUAGUUUUUCUUGAUUUUAUCCUAAUACUCGAAAAACUACAUGAGCUCCAACAUGGCGGCGGUAGUGCGUUUGAUCUAGAGAAGCUGCAUCCUCAACUUGCCUCACUGUGUAGUCGAGUCGUCAGCCUGCAGUGCAGGUCGGCGAAGGAUCGUCUGUGCCGGUCUGAGAUGUCUAAAAAAUUGGCCAACAUGAUGAAAGUGGUGCUACGUCUACAGAAUGAAUCAACUGAUGAUAGCGACAGAAUCCCUUCUCGAUUACUGGCCCAUCAUGUUGGCAAGUUGCCAAUGCCCGAGGAUUAUGGGUUAGAGGAGCAGAGAUUGCUGGCAAGAAGCUACAUGCUCGAACUCACUGCAUGAAUUAUGAUUAGAACGAUUUUGAAUUGGCAGUCACACAUGUGAUGGUCCCAUCUGUUCAUGUGAUAGUCACACAUGAGCAUGUGAUAGUCAUGUAUAUACAGGAUGAGAUUGUCAUACAGUAUAUGUAUUAUGUGAUAGUAUUAGAUGUUUACAUGAUAAUCACACAUGUGUUCAUGUGUAGUCACAUGAUGAUGUGAUUGUAACAUAAUGUUAAUGUGACAGUUAAGUAUGUGGUAAUCACAUGUAAUAAUCUCACAUGUGUUCAUGUGUAGCAGGCAUAAGUACAAUUGAACAGUGAGCAAGCAUGUCUAUGUAUAAUUGAGGCUGCAUCCUAGCCAAUCACUG